AUGGCCAGCGGUGGUCUAGUGGAGGUGAUCAACAACAAGGGAUGCUCGAGGCUCUUUGUCGUCCCACCUGGCUCUCUUCCACCCUCCUCUCCUACCCUCGGCACUUCGAUGUCCUCCAGCUUGAUAUCUUCGACUACCACUGAGGGUGGUGCGGGGGUUCCAGGAACUGCUAUUGCUAGGCCUUUUGCAGGUCUUGUCAUAUGCGUAACAGGGUUGUCCAAAGGUUCUAGCUCUCUCACCCCGCCAUCUGUUUUUCUAAUUUUGAGUAUUUUCUUGCUUUUUCCAUGUUUACAACCUCCAACAUUAUUUUACAGCAGAGAUUUGACCAUACUCAAUCCGAAUUCCUCCUCUUGUUGUUGAAAUCUGGAUAUCUUUGGCUUAAUGCGAUAUGCUUACUUUGUGGCAGAAGUGAGAAAACAAGUCAUGGUCGCUACAGAAAGAUUAGGUGGCCAAUACAGCGCGAGCUUGCAUCCAGGGUGCACCCAUCUCGUUGUUCAGAUAUCCUGCUAAAAAUUGUUCACGAACUUGGCCACCGGCUCUUAUUAAAUGCGUGAUUCUUCCUUCUCGUAUGCCUACUUCGCUAUAGUUUCAUUAUAUCCCGGCAAAAGUUAUCUUUUGAAGAUGAUGCUUCUUAACUUCAAAGGACACAGCUUUGGCGGACGCAAGUUUGAACAUGCUGUAAAGCAUGGCGUGAAGAACGGCCUCCUGGUCGUCACAGUGGGAUGGUUUGUCGACAGCGUCAGAAGGAAUGGUGAGCAAUGGUUGUUGUUUGCAUCCUCCUGGUUGAUUUCCCCACUCUCCUCGCCCAUUUCCAUAAACGUUUUUUGAUCUUUUCUCUGUCUUAAAAAAAAAUCUAUUUAGUUUUUUGCCGAUAUCUUGAAAGCUGAAUUUAGGUUCUCACUGAAUGCUGCAGUGAGGAUGAGUGAAGCCCUUUAUGAUGUGAAGAGCGUCGGAGAGAUUGACCUGCCAUUGAAUGAGUCGAACUGGCUAGCCGGCUGCAGUGUUUCUGAGAAAUCCUGCACACCUGCCCAUGAUGGUAGCAUCCUUAGCAACAUAACCUUGAAGCCUCACCUACAGGCAGCUGAAAAGGAGACCACCAGGAAAAGACCUGUUCUCUCGAACAAGGUCAUCCACAUUGAUCCAAAUGUUUCGAAUGAGCUGAAGAAGAAGGUAGGGCAUGAAUUCAUUUGGAAGCCGACACUCAUGCAUUUAUAUUUCGUUUUAUGCCCGCAUCACCUUCUGCACUGAUCCCACUGGUCACAGUCCGACCAUAUGCCGAUAAAUCCUUCUUCAUGACACUUUCACAGGUGGUCGAUGCAGCUCUUGCAGAAGGUGCCACAUGUAUAGAUCAGUGGUUUGUUGGUUGUCGAGCAAGUCAUGUAGUGUGUGAAGGGCCCUACGUCCAGAGAUAUAUUGGACAUGCUAACUAUCUCGUCACAGUGAGUUCUUGUGCAGCCUGUGUUUAUCCACAUAUAUACACACAGUCAGCUUCAGUUUGAUUUAACUCUUUGCCGCAAUGUCUCAUUACUGACCGAUGCAGCCACUCUGGAUUCUGAAAUCAGUGAAAGAAAAGCAUGUGCAGAGACUUGUUAACUUGUCCAGUGAUCUUGCUAGGCAUGUUGCAAUGACUCUUGAAAAUGUGCAGACUAGUCUUCCAGAACAGGUUUCCUCUACUCUCCCAUCCAUGUGUGUACACACUCGACUCAAUUUUUUCGGGACAGCCUUUCAAUUAAGAUAUCCAUACAAUUUCCAUUUUAUUCUUGGUUUCUCUUGGUACUUGGACUUCUCCGGAUCCCAGAUACAGGUGACGCUACUUCUCAAUCAGGCAUAGAUCGUCUCUUAUAUCGACAGAAGUCAUAACAUAUGUGCUAUUUUCAGGCAUCUUUGUUUAAAAAAUCUUCGAUUCUCUUGGUAUAAGGUUUCCUCUCGGAAAAACAAUAAAUCGUAAUGCACUGAAUGUUGCCUAUGAUUGAAUUGUGGGGUUCACCUUCAUGAUAUUUUUCAUAUUUUAUAAGAGUCAUUCUUUUAUCCGUAGCGUUCCCUGGAUACCCUUGUGCUAGAUAAUUUAUUCUCGUGGCGUAGUCCGUCUGCAUAGCAGACUGGUGCAUAAAGUCGCAGUAAAGUGGAAUAUUGGGUAGGAAGAUAAAAGCUGCAGCCCAGGUCUCUGCCUUUUCAGUUGUGGUAUUGGUAAAUUAGAAUUAUCACUUUUUAAAAAAAAUACUUUUCAGGAUGCCAACGGGAAGAACACCCAUCAGGCAGCUGUUCGCACAGGGGAAUCUUUAAUAUCUCCAAGCGAGAUCAAAAGCCUCGAAGAGAGACAGAAAAUUGUUGAGAUUGCUAAAAUUGGUAUAAGGAAUCGUCGUUCUAGGCGUAUUCAGGUAAUCAAAUACUCAUUGGGAAUCUUGUUUUUGAAACACUGUGCAUGUUUUUUAACCAUCAUGUUCCUUACCGAAGUCAAUAACUCUGGGUCAACCCGACUGGAACGAAGAUGGGCUGAUGUGGGUUUGACCAAUGAAAUUCUGAUACUUUCGAAGUGAAAACCCCGUAAAAUAAAAAACUAAAAUAGACCACAUUUCUCAUGCUUGUUAAUCUGAGCAUUUAAUUUAGUGCUGGUUUUAGUGGAGUUCAUUCAUUUCUGGAUGUGAAGAAUCUGACUCUGCUGCUGCCCGUGGUUUUGACAAAAAAUAUUUGAGACGCCUCUCAUAUCUGACGAUUUCCAAUCUUUGAGAUGGUGGUUAUCAAUAACCCAUCUGAUGGAUAUUCAUAUCCUGUGCACCCUGAAGCGCCGAUUAAUCGCUUAUUUAUUUAUUUCAGUCUUACCAGACUAUAAUCCAGCCAAUCACUCCCGGCAAUCUCUUGGAUUCUAUAUGCUGGUCCGUCUCGGAGCCCACUUCGUCAGCCUCCAUUUACACCGAUCGCCCGGGCUCUGAAGACCCCAACGACACCAAAUUCGUCGGCGCACUUUCAGACAGAAUGGAUUUGGACGCUUCAUUCAGCAACCUCUCGCGGCCGCUUAAAGAAAGGUUGCAACUCCAUGGGCUUCCCUUUUUAGUCUGAUGUUUCUCCAGAGUUCCUCCGAUUCUUACUUACAUGGAGCCGUGUUCCCUCGGUUCCUUCAUGCGCUGCCUUCUUCAGCGAGAAAGGGGCGGUGAUCUUGAAGACCCACUUCCUCACGAUACUCUUCCCGGUUGAUCGAUUCGGUGAGCUGGGGCCUUCCUCAAGAACAUUCUUCAGCGACGGUGGCUUCACCUGUCUUCAGGUCCUCGACCUCAUCUACAGAUUCUACCAGGUUUGAUCUCCUCCCCCGGUUGGGUCUCCGCUCUCCACUUCUCGCGACCUCCUUCCCAUGGCUUUUGUCCCCCAACCUGCAGGAGAAGAUGCCGGCCGAGGAGGUGGAACUGGCGAUCCACACCGACUCCAAGCACGCCGACGCGCUCCGAUCCCUCUACGCAAGCAACGAUGUGUCCGUCCACCGCUCGUCGCCCUUCAGGAGGAUCGAUUUCCUGGGGAGCCGCCGGAGCUUCGAGGUCUUGAAGCGGGUCGCCGGGGAGAACUACUGCAGCGUGUAUGAACUGGUGAUCAGGGCCUGA